AACAAAUGAGGGAAAAGAAUGCAUUGCCAACUCUAGUUGAAGCCAUAAGGUAGACUUGAUCCCAUGAGCUUUCUUAUUCUUCAUCUUCUUCUUCUCUGAUCAUUUUCUGGUUCUCUUUUAUAUGGUCAACAUAUCUGUUCAUGCAAGAUCCAAAUCAGACAACACCAGCAAGGAAAGCUUGGUACCAAAGAGCAAUGGAGAUGGCCCUUUUGUGCAAAACCAUUGCAUCAAAGCCAAGUGAAAUCCCCACAACCAGAAACACUACUAAAAUCUGGAAACCAGCUGAUCAGAUUUCCAACAAUAAGCACAAGGUAAGAAAAUGCAGCAUAUUAAGUGUGACAACUUCCCUCACUAGAGUCUGCCUAUGCGUCCCAAUUUCUUCCUACACUUACGCGCCGGUCCUCCAAGCCGACGUACUUUCAUCAUCAACCUCAACCAGCAGGACUAGCAUCUACCUAAGACCCAAGCCCCCACCACCAACCCCCCACCAAACACUCCUCCUCGGUGCCACGAUUGCCUUGGAGGGGAGGAGAGUUUUUCGCGGGAAAUCGUUGAGGGAUGAUGUUCUUAUGAGGAGGUUUGUGAUUGAAGAAGAGGCAAUGUGGCAAGUUAGGAGGAGGAAUGAGAUGGAAGUUAUUAGGAGAAGAUAUGGCAUUAGGAGCAGGAAACAACUUGGUCCUAGUCCUCUUAGUAAAAUGGUUUUAGCUGAACCUGAACCUGAGCCUAAGCAUGAGCCUGUGAGUUUAAGAGGUUGGAAUGUAUACUCUCUUACUUAAAAUCUUGAUGUUGAUAUUUUACUAUGGCCCACAUAAAAUAAUAACUUGUCAUCAGUGAUCGUCACAUCAGAAAAUAAAAGUGAUAGAGUAAGAAUUGGAAGUA